AGAAAAAAAAAAAAAAAAAAAAAAAAAUUAUACUCGUCAGUUUAUAUUUCAUGAUUUAAUAAACAUUCUAUAAACAACAUGCAUUUCUUUCUUCAUCUCUUUUUAAUCGUUUAUAUGAAUAAUUAACUAACUUCAGUUUUUUAAUAAGUUCUCCAUAUGUAAAAAGUUUCUAAAUUUUAUAAUAUAUUUAUAAGAACAAAUUUACUUCCUUAAAACAAUUUUAAAAUUAUACUAUAAAUUUAGACGAUUUAAUUCUCUUGUGUGCCAGAAUGACUAGUCCAGGUACACAAGUCGAUAGCGACAGAACAUUAUUACAAUUUAAAAAUUAUGAAGAAUAUUUAGAUUCUUUGAUAACUCCUGUGGAUUUCUGCUAUUUAAGGAGUACAAAAGUUGCACGUCAAUUAGCAGAACUUGGUUAUCAAUGUACAGGAGAAACUUUAGAUAAAGAUGCUUUCUAUCGACGUCUACAAACUGUCAAAGAUUUAUUGUACCCAAUUCCCAAACCAUAUCAUCUUACUUCUGAAUUUUUAAUUCCUUUUGAUCCAGUUAUGCAAGAAUUAGCAAUUCGCGAACGAUCUAAUAGAUUACAUGUACUAUCAACAAUUAUAUUUGUACGACAUAAUCCACGUCUUCAAGUCGAAGUGUCAGGUUACAUAGAUUUCAAUGAAAGACUUAAGACGGAAGAUUGGCAACCAUAUUUUGAAGGGAAAAAAAAGCUUUGGCCUAGAAUUACAGAUAUAGCAUACUAUCAUUGGAAAAUAGGAAAAACACAAUUAAAUGUUUCAUUAAAUUAUGAACCAAUAAUAGAUACAAAAUAUGGCCUUUUACUUAAGAAUAUUCAUGAUAGAAAAUAUAUUAAUGUUGAUCCAAAGGCUAUUACACCGGGUGUAGACACUACGAGAGUACGUAUAUAUAGUAAUGCAUAUAAACAUGUUAUCUUAUAUGAUCAUGUAGUUAAAAGAGUUGUUGUUGAAUAGAAAAUAUUUGUUUUAUAAUAAUGAUUUCGUAUAAAACAAAAAAAAACCACAAUUAAAAAAAAUACAUAAUUUUUUAUAAUUAAAAUCAUGCAAAUAUAUAAUCAUAAAUAU